AGCAACGCGAUCAACGCAAGCCGUCGCGCGCAUUCCGCCUGCGACGCCAUUGGUUUCGUUCACUGCAGUGUUUUCGCCUAAGUGUUGGUACAAGCGAAUUUUCGACAACACCAGAAACAGGACAAAAUUUUCAGACACCCAAAUUUUAAGAGUAAAGUAAUGAGCGCGGGAAAGCGAGAUAAAAACUAUUUGCAGCAUUACCGCAAGAAGUGGGAAAAAAUCCCUCAGCUCAGAGGUUGGCUGAGCGAAGCACCGUCGACGAACCCAGAGUACGCCAAAGCGUUCUGCAAAUACUGCCAGAAGAAAUUAGUGCCACACGUUACUGGUCUGCUGAAACAUGCCUCGUGCAGAAACCACCUCAAAGCCGCCAAAGAGUAUGUUGAGAAGAUCAACGCUGCUGUCCGAAGGGCACAGGAAAAAGCUCUGACAGCAUCAGCGGCACCAGAAAUUGAAGGACAAAGCAAAACUGAUGACACACAGCCAGAAAAUAAUGAGGAGCAGCAGCAAGUGCUUGGCGAAAUUCUAGUGACUGAGAAAGACCAAGCUAUCGUCAUUGAAAGAACCGACUCAGUACCAAAUGUUGAGGCUGCCGCUCAGCCAGUCACUGCUGCCCAACAACCUACAGCAGAAGCCGAGGAAGAAAUGGAGACUGUCACCGUCAUCAUGGAUCCAAUCUCCCACACCAAGCGCCUGAAGGUAGUGACCAACCUAGGGCCCUUAUCAACUCAUGUUCUGGACACCAUCAAGGGCAGCCCUGCCAUCGGACUGGUUGUCGCCCUAUAUAAAUUAAAGGACAGCCGAUGGACUCUCAUUACUGAAAGUGUAACUGACGCAGACGGUCGAUGUAACGACCUUCUCAGUGCAGACACGAUGACAGCUGGACGGUACAAGCUGCAGUACGCCCUUAGCCAGUACUACACCAUCAGAAACCAAGAUUGUUUCUACCCAGUUGUGGAGCUAACUGUCGAUCUGGCUGACCCGAACCAGAAGUAUUGCGUACCCCUCUUGAUAAGCCCCUUUAGCUACUCGACGUACAAGGCAUGACUGCGUUUUAUAAGUUUUAAUUUAAACAAAGUAAUCCAGUGUGAAAAAGUCUUUCAUUUCUCUUUUCUUCUGUUAUCCUAUGGUGCAAAGUAAAGAAAUGCAUUGUUUAACUGAGUGACACGUUUGCCAGUUGGAGAUAUCUGUUGAGUACAAGUUGGGCAUCUGCUUGCAGCCCUUGAGAGAUGAUUGGCCCUAAACGACCAGGAUAAACCAGCGUCAGUUUUUGCAGACAGUUAGCCAGGUGAAUUUGAGGGUUGUUGAUAUCUGCAAAUGUUGAACAAAAAUUGAUUACUCAAUUACAAAAAAAUAAUAAUUUGCAACAAUUAACCUGGGAUACUGCUCUGGACCCUGUCACCCGCAAAGGCUAGCUUUGAGUAGGCUGCCUGGUAUCCUGGAGUGUCAUCUACUUCAAUGAAGUGGUCAUCAGGCAGCAAACUUUCAUCCUCCGGCAGCUCAAAUAGUUUUAAAAGGGCUUCCAGCACAGGGGCCC